AUGUUAAAUCAUAUUAUUUUUUAUCGUAAUAUUUGUAAAUUACCUUCUAAUAUAAAUUAUAUUAAUGCUAUAAAUUCUAGACAUAUUAUUCGAAAUAUUUUUCAAAGUCGUGGUAUUUCUUAUUCUAUCCGAAUUCAAAAGGAAGAAAGAUCAUCAUCAAAUAUAUUAUAUAUUCAAAAUGAUCAAGAAGAAAGACCAUACAUUUCUGAAAUUACAUCUUCCAGAAUAAACCAAAUAGAGAAAACAAAUCAAACAAGACAAAUGAAUCAAAUAAAUCAAGUUAAUAAUGAAUUAGAUUUAUAUAUUUUACGUAUGCGAGAAUAUCUUGCCACCAAUAACGUUUCAAAAAUUACCACCGAAUUUAUAAAUCUCAAAAAUAAAAAUAUUCAACCAAAUUUAGAAAUUUAUCACAUUUUACUUAAGGCUUGUGUACUUACAGAAGAUUUACCUAGUUCCAUAGAAAUAAUUAAAAAAAUGUAUGAUGAUAAUAACACAAUACCCAUCACGGAAACAUAUAAAUUAUUUUUGGAAGUAGUGAUGGCUUCUUCUCAUCAUACAUUAGCUAUGAAUAUAAAUUUGGCUGAAAUGUUUAUGGAAAAUUAUAAGAGACCUUAUGAUAAAGAAACUUGGAGAUUACUUAUUCGUUCAUUAGGUUCAUAUCCAAAAAUAUCUCCCAAUUUUGAUUUAUUAUUAAAAAAUUUACAAGAAGAACAUUUAAUGACUCCAGAAUUAUAUUCAGAAAUUAUUUGGGCAUUAUCAAGAAAAUCAAAUGUUGAAACUGCCAUGGUGUAUUUAGAUCAAUUAAUAUCUGAUUAUAAUUAUAUACCAUCUCGUGAACCUCUUUAUGCUCUGACUUCUCAUUAUGCUAAUAAAGUUAUUAUGCAAGCAUAUGUUAAUGCACUUUAUUUAAGGACUUCAUCAUUUUCUUCAUCAACUUCAGUAAAUAAUGAUUAUUUAAUACCAACAUUAGUAACAAUGCCAGAAGAUAAUAUUACUUUUUCCAAAGAAAAUUUUACCAAGAAUCAUUAUGAUUUAAUUGUUAGAUUUAAUAUUUUUGCUAAUCAAAUUAAUUCUCAAGAAUUUCCUCUUGAAAAUUGUUUGGAAAUGAUAAAAUCCAUGAGAGGUAAAGGAAUGGACCCUAGUUUUGAAACUUAUAAUAUUUUAUUAAAAGGAUAUUCUAUAUCUCCAGAAUUUCAAGGAAAUAAUGAGGAAAGAGUGAAAAAAGCUUUAGGAAUUUUUGAUAUGAUUAAAUCUGUAGGUUAUGAUGUUGAUGAUUUAGAAGUAUUUCAACCAUUACUAGAUUCAUGUUUACAAUCAUCUAAUAGGGAGAACAUUAACAAAAAUAUUAGUAAUAAUUUUGAAAUAACUGGAAUUGAAAAAAACAAGAAAAAUGAAAUAAAAGUAAAUGAACAAGUUGAAAAUGUAUCAUUUCUUCAUAAAUAUUCAUUACCCAAAAUAUUUGAAAUAGAAAAAUUAAUGAAUAAUUUUAAAGUUACUCACAAUCAAAAAUCCAUUAUAACAAUAUUGGAAUAUUUAGGAGGAACUGGAAAUUACAUUGGUUUAUGGAGAAGAUGGACAGAAUUGUCAUUAAUGGGAUAUAGAAGAAGUGAGCUUUUAUAUGAAACAGUUUUAAGAUUAGCUUCCAGGGAUUUAACUGAAUCCGAAUAUGCUAUUAAUGUAAUUAGACAUCAAAUGAGAAGAGAGUUACCACCAAUUAAACCAAAUUUUGAAAUUUAUUCUCAAUUAUUUAAAUGUUGUUUAAAGGUUAAAGAUAUUUUAACUAUUAAAGAUUUAAUAGAAGAAAUUAAUAAUAAUCACUUUGAUCGAUUUAAAUUUAAUAAAUCUUCAUCACAAGAAGGAAAAAAUUUACAAGAGAUUGAAAAAAGUAUCAAAGAUGAGAAAGAACAAGAAGUACAUCAAACAAAAUUAUUAAAUUUAAUAUUAAAUACAUGUUUCAAAUUACCUAUUUUAUAUUCGGAUGGUGAAAAAUUAAUAAAUAAUAUUUAUCAAAAUAGACCAAAUUUAAUUAAUUAUGAAUUUUGGAAAUCAUUGUUAACUCAUUAUACUGAUAACACUUUUUUGGAUGAUUUUAGACUUCAAAAUAUGUUUGAAAAUUUUUGA